AUGGAUUUCACACGGCGCAGGAUCGCCGAUAUCAGCUCAUACAUACCAACAUCGACCCUCAGAUCUCGUGCCGAAGCGGCUCCUGCAGAUGCUGAGGCAACUCCAAACUAUCACUCAAAUCUCGAUGGUGUAAACCAACCUAUGAAUUUACUUUUUAAAGAUGCUUUGUGGUGGACCUUGGGCAUCAUGGCCCUUGUCGUUCUGUCCAUCAGGAUAAUUGAGAUCCUUUGGAUGAGACUCCGCCAGGUGUCGGCCAUGAACGUGUCCGGCUCCAAACAAACGUACUGGAGGAUAUCUCAAUGGAGCUGGAUGCCAAACGUCAAGAAGAACCUCAUCUACGCUCCUCUGUGGAACAAGCGUCACAACCGAGAGUUCAAGCUGUCCUCUGCUAUUAGCAUGGGAACCCUUCCUUCGCGACUUCAUUUCAUCAUCCUCUUCAUCUACCUGGGCAGCAACUUUGCCUAUAUGUUCGUCCUCAACUGGCACAAUGAGAACAAGCUUGCUUUUUGUGCCGAAUUACGAGGUCGCUCAGGAACCUUGGCCCUCGUCAACAUGGUGCCCUUGAUCAUUUUCGCUGGGCGCAACAACAUUCUCAUUGGCCUGCUCAAGAUCAGCUUCGAUACCUACAAUCUUCUACAUCGAUGGAUGGGUCGUAUUGUGGUCCUUGAGUCCAUUAUUCACACUAUUGCCUGGCUCAUUGUUGCCGUGGACGACUUGGGCUGGGAUGGUGUUGGCCAUAAACUUUCCCAUGGGCUUUUUGAAGGCUCGGGAGCCGUUGGCACGGUUGCUAUGACCCUCCUCCUUCUGCUUUCCGUUUCGCCUUUGCGCCAUGCCUUUUAUGAGACUUUCCUCAACGUUCACAUUGUCCUAGCCUUCGUUGCCUUCGUCGCUACCUGGGUUCACUGUGCUUCGUCUGCACUUAAAGGUGGCCUUCCUCAACUUCCCUGGAUCAUGGCCAUCAUGGCUAUCUGGUUCGCCGACCGCCUCGCUCGUAUGCUCCGGAUUGUUUUUGUCAACUGGUCUUCCAAGGGGUGGACUGAUGCGGUGUGCGAGGCUAUGCCCGGCAACGUCACUCGAGUCACCCUCCACUUACCGCGAUAUGUCGAUAUUGAGCCUGGCACCCACGCGUACCUGCGCUUUUGGGGCCUUAGUGCUUGGGAGAGCCAUCCUUUCUCUAUCUGCUGGGUCAAUCAUGUUCGCGAUAACAGCUUGCCAAUUGCGGAAAAGGAGCCUCUCCACGCAGUCGACAAGUCAACCAUGACCACUACAGUCUCUUUCCUGAUUGGAGCCCAGACAGGCUUCACUAAGAAGCUCUUCGACCGUGCCUCCAGAUGCCCGCGAGGUCUCCGUAUCAAGGCUGCGAUGGAAGGUCCCUACGCUGGACAUAACAGCCUCGACUCAUAUGGCCAUGCAGUCCUUUUUGCAGGCUCGACUGGAAUUACCCACCAAAUCUCCUACAUCCGCCAUCUCCUCGAAGGAUAUAACCAGGGCACUACUGCUGCUCGACGCAUCACACUUGUCUGGAUCAUCCGCGAAUACGAAUCUCUCGAGUGGGUGCGGCCAUACAUGGAUACGAUUCUUCGUAUUCCUAACCGGAAAGACAUACUCCGCAUCCAGAUUUUCGUCACCCGUCCUCAGAACCCACGCGAUAUUGUCAGUGCUAGCGCCACGGUGCGCAUGUUCCCAGGACGGCCAAAUGUUCCCCUUAUCCUGGCCCGAGAGGUGCAAGAGCAGAUGGGUGCCAUGUGUGUCACAGUGUGUGGCCCUGGUGCUCUUGCUGAUGAUGUUCGAGGUGCUGCCCGAGCAGUGCAGGGCUCAACCGUGGUGGACUUUGUAGAAGAAAGCUUUACGUGCCCAGCCCCUGUGAUUUCCACCCAACUAAAGUUGUCAGAUCUAAUGUUAAAUAAGUGUGGAGCACUGAGUUGCUCUUUCCUUCCCGUCCCUGCCUGCCCCGCACACUUUCUCAGGGCAGUGACACCAGCGCAUCGAGAUUUGGCCGUCAGAGAACGGGAGUCAAGUCGCUCCGCAUCUGGAGCCAAGAGGAAGCGAGCGGAUACAAGAAACGGGGAACCUGCGAGCCAUCGAAGACGAACUGUUGAACCUACAGCGGGCAGCGACGACGACGACGACGAUGACGAUGUCUACGAUCCUGACCAGCCACUGGAGGAGCGCCGCAGAGUUCAGCAGGGCUUCAGAGAUUUACUUCGCGAUGUGACAGAGAACACUGAAGAAUACCUACAAGGAGACUCGCGGGGGCUUCACGAGGCCAUUCUCCGGGCCGAUGAACUAUCGAAGAAAGUGCGACAGACAACAGAAGCGACAAUUGACUCACGGUUACUUGUUAGCACUACCGAUUUAUCUUACAGGAAGACUUUGAGACUCACACAAGGCAGCCUUUCUCAAGGCAUCGACGUUGAUGAGUUCGUUUCAAAAUGCAUCACAUAUAUGAGACAAGGUCGAGGAAUUAUGGACGAUGAUGCACCGGAACUCUCGAGCACCCAACGUCAAAGAAGAAGGACCACAAGAGGGGAUGAAGAUGGUGAGGACGACAUCGGGGAUGAGGGCGAUAUGAUGAACUGGCCUCAUCUUGGCCGUUUUGCCGGCUUACCUUACAUCCGGCGUCCCGCCCUCCCCGGGUUCCUCCUUGGACCUCUGUCAGUCGAGAAGAAGGCUCGCAAGAUCACAAAGCGAAGUGCCCCGUUCAGACCUAACAAUCUGACUGAGACGCGCCCCGAAGUGCUCAAUGUCGAGGAUCUGGCCAAGAAGGAGAACGACCUCACCGCAAUUUGCGGUAAGAUUCUCCAUCAAUUACAAACUCUUCAGGCGAACAUUCAAGAAACUGUGGCGGACCUGAUUGAUGAAAAUAUGGACGACGAGGAACAGAACAGAAUCAUGCAUCAGCAUGGUCUCCGGAGUACCGGUGGUAUUGAUUUGAUGCGGUUUGUUGUGAAUCCCAAAUCAUUCGGUCAAACCAUCGAGAACAUGUUUUACGUCAGCUUUCUUGUAAGAGACGGCAGAGUGAAGAUCGAUUUUGACGAAUUCGAUUUACCAGCGCUUGACAGAGAUGUUGAGGCAGAGGAAGAGGAACCGACACGCCACGGGGCGGCGAAACACCAAGCCAUUCUUUCCAUGGACAUGGAGACCUGGCAGGACAUCAUAGACACUUUCGGCCUCAAGGAGCCCAUGAUUGCGCACAGAAAGGACGUGACGACUUCGGGACCUGGUGCGCGGGGUUGUGAUGAAAAAGGGUCGAUUGGCGGCGAUGAGCCUUUGUGCAAGACUGCCUGUGCAUGGCAAAAGGGGUGCGCCUCGUUUUAUUUCUGGCACAUUGGAGAUAAUGCAGAAAAGAUGUCGGUUAUUGACCCCUUCAACGAAUUUGCAAAGGACCUUGAGGUUCGAAUGAACGAAAAAGCUGAGAAAUGGGAGUUCAAGAAGGAUUCGCUCGCAUCAAAUCUAGAUCAUUUUUACGAACAAAGAUGUCACAGAGAGUCUCCCAAUUUUCCAAAGAAGGCAUUGGAGGUCCUGCAAGACUUGAACAAGAAGGCCCAUAGUUCGCUUGAUGACCUGCUCAAGACGGUCUAUGACACACAACGGAGUCAGGACGAUGAGUCCAAGCGCCAGAUCAAAGAUCUGGUGCGAAAUAUCGAUAAUCAUUAUCAAAGUCAGAAGUCACGAAAUGAUCGCGAAAGGCGUCUUACAAGCCAGCGGUUGCUCGUGAUGGAGCAGAGCAAGUCCCCUACCGCUGCAUCAAGCCCUGAGCAAGUGCCAGAAGAGACACAACAAAAACAUGUCGCGUUCGCGUUAAACCACCCUGGUAGUGCUGGGAAGGCUUUCGAGCUUGCCAAAGCUACUCAAAGGCUCGAACGUCGUAGACAUGCCCUUGCGCAGCCAAGAUCCACUCGUCUUCCUCGGAGCAAGAAGGCUAUGCGCAAGGAAAGGUCUUUGAAACACAUAGCCGAUUACCCAGCUCUUUCUAGGAAGAUCUCAUCGCUCAAACGAACGCAAAACUAUGGUAGUCCGACAGGAGUGGCUCACCGCACUUCCAUCACGCCCCAUUGGCUGCCCACAGCGUGUCGGCUCCAAAAGCGGCACACAGCAAGCUCUCUAUCGCAAGUGUGCAAUGCCUCCCAGUUGCAACGCGACGAGCCUGACGGCGUUCCUAAGAAGAUAUACGCGAAACCUUCUUUAGAGCAGGAGCUUGGCGCUGCUCACGGUUACGUGCACCCUCACAUAGACGAUAUACUUCUCAUAGACGAUGCACUUCUUCUUGGACAACAACUCAAUGAGGAUUACAGUAACAUAGUCUCUCUGCCUGACGCUAAAGACUCAGAUGGCGGGGAUACCGAAGGCGAAGAAAUGGCCGAAGGGGGAAAAGAGCAACAGAAGCAGAAUGAGGACAAUCCCUUGAGAGAAGCUGUGGUUCAAACCAAGGAGAACGAUGAACCCAACGACAAGCUUGAAACAAAGACCGGUGGUGCUGAGCAUCAGAAUCCUCAUCAUCAAGAGGAAACUCACUCACUGGAACAACUCGACCAAUCUGGGCCUCAUGGCACCAUGCUUUCACCCGAAAUGGGACUGCGGCUUUGGGAAGGCCUCAUGUAUAACAUAAGCCGCAUCAAUUCUGCAAUGUCAAGAUGCAAAGACCUGGAAAUGCGUUUCAACGGCUACAAAACGCAACACAAUGAGAGUUCUGUGAACAAGCUAAUUGAUAUCUGCGUACCAGCAACGAAGGGUCAAUAUCAUGAAUUCGAGUUGACCAUCGGGUUCUUAAAACAGAUCUUGUACCAUUUGUUCGAAGUCAAUCCUCCCCUAGACGCAGCACAGGUAGCGAAAGCCUUUGACUCUAUGUAUGGAUGCUCAGAAACCUCUGCAAGCAUGGAAAGCUCUCAAUGUUUGUCAACUGCGCCUUGCAGUGGAUCUGGCGAUAGCACCCUUAACAAUAACGACGAGGGUGGUGAUAAUCUAGAGGUGAACGCAUGUAGUGAACCGAAGCGUCCUGUUUUUCCAUGCAUCAAGUCAGCGGCUAGGUCGACACCUGGAAACUCCCCGGAACUAAUUGAUUGGAAGCCAGUCAUCAAGCAAAUCAGAGAGUCCCCGGGUAGAGGUCUUUACCUGAGUCCUCCUUCGUCCGCCGGAACGCAAUAUUACAGGACCUCGAAAGCCAGCCCGAGAGGCGGAGACUCACCCAGGAAGUGGAGUAGUCCUCAGGAGGAGAAUACUCCAAAGAAGGACAGUGAUGUUGAGAAGGAGGUUGUUUCUGAAGAUGAGAAAGGAAACAGCCCUGUCAGAGACAUGUCGAGCAACGGCACCGGUGAAUCCUCAGACAUACCUGAAGCAUCUCGAGAGGCAAACACGCCAGCACCAGGGAACAGUGAUGGCGGCGAUGAUCCAGAUCCAGAUCCUACUAAAGGGGUUACUACCGAUAAUGAGUCGUCACAUCCCCCUUCGCAAUCAUUAACGAAGGACUCUGGUAUCUUCCAAUGGUUGAAAGUGGAGUUUGCGGCCUUGCUAUUACUGGUAGGGCAGUUCAUAGCCAACCAAGCCGAGGCUUGGGUUCGUGUCGUCGAGUUUGUAUAUCAACUUCUCUCCUACUCUUAUCGCCGUCUCGUCAGGCGUAGGAACGUGGAUAACGACGGCAAAGCGCUGAUAUUCCCUAACCUACCCAGGCAUGAGGCCCUCGUUGGAGUGCCUCUUUGGACUUCCGGGACAUCUCGGUUCAUUGUGGGCGUCUCUAAGAGAGGUCGGAAGUGCAAUCUAAUCAGGACAUACAACCUGGCAGGUAGCCGAUGGCAAGGAUAG